AUGUUCGCUUUUAGCCUGAAUGUAUUCUUAAAGUAUUAUUCUUUCAAAUCUGAUUUCAAAUCGGUUCCCAAGUUCGAAGAGGUUGACGACACAAACUUCAUCUCGAAAGACCCGCGAAUCAUUGACGACAUCGAAACGAAGGCGGCCCAGGUUCUCGGACGUUUCGACUUGGUGGUCAACGCGCAGAAGACGGAGAGACACAAGAUAGACAAGGAAAGAAAUGAUCAAAUCAAGAUCCUCGGCUCCUUCACUGAUAUCAUGAAAGAGAUGAAGAACAGAAAACAAAUGGCACAAGCCGCUUUCUCGCAUCACCACCACGUGCUGACAAAUGAAAAGCUCGCUGCGAGCACAAGAAUCCGAGCCUUCAACGUGUACGUGAAGCCGGUCCUACUGUACAAUUGCCAAACAUGGGACCUCGGUGAGGCAGAUCGCGACGCGCUGGACGCCUGCCACAGAAGGCUCCUGCGGAGAGUGCUACGUGUUUUCUACCCAGCAAAGCUGCCUAACGACGAAGUGUAUCGUCGCGCGGGUGUGGAGAAAGUGUCGACAGAGGUGGACCGGCAAAGAUGGGCUUUCGUCGGGCAUACCCUGCGACACGGGGGCCCCGCCCGCGCGGCGAUGGAGAUGUACGAGGAAACUGCCAAGGGCAAGAAGAGACGAAGGGGGCAGCCCGCGCACAACAUCGCGCAGACCGUCUCGAAAGACAUGGCGCAGAAAAACUGCACAGCGAAGGACGCCCAGGACCGGGCACUCUGGAGGCAGGCCAAAAAAGAAGAGCCACGAAGAUCCAGCCGUAGCAGAAAGGGCCAAAGGCAGAAAGAUCCCAACUUCAUGUACUAA